AUGGCCAUGCGUACGAUCCCGGGAUUGACCUAUCCUGCACCUGUUGCUUUUCCUACUGUUGGGUUUGGAGGCUCCUACUAUGACUCCCCCGUGUUCUCAUUGCCUUCGUACGGUACUCGCCCAGCUGUUCUCACAUGGCGCUUCAUCGAUGACUAUUCGCGACUCGUGGUCAACAAAAGUUCCACUGAUGGCAUUGCUGCAGGCAUGACUUGGGCCACUUUCAUCUACCUACUCGCCCUGGCACCCAACCAAAAGAGAACUUCACUAUUUCAUACCUGCUUGCUAGGUGGGGUGACCCUUCUGCUGGUGCAUUUGAUGAUCAAUAUCAUCUCGGCUGGCACUCCUGGCUUGAGCAAAUAUUCGCCUUACAUCCUACUCGUGGGUCCUGAAUCAGUCAUCUUCCCUGCUCGCUACAUCGCAGUUCAAGCCGCAAGCUUGGUUACUGAGAUCCUUUCCUACUGCUGCGCCAGUGUCUGUCUUUGGCUUCAGGCCAAAGGUUUGAUGACUAGUAUCCAGAACAGAUUUCCUGUGCUUUACUGCGUCAUUCUCGGCUAUCUCGUCUUCUCCUCAAUGGCCACUUUCGCCACACAAUUGAUCUGCAUCGUCAAGACGCUUGUUCAGAUAGACCAAAAGCCGGAGUACAACGCGGUUGCCGAUUACUUGACAUGGAUUUAUGUCUACCACACCACAUUUGCAGUCAGCGUUGGAAGUUACGCACUGAUCUCUAUGUGUUCCAUAGUGAGCAUCAUCUGGAGGCGACCAUACUCUCUUGUCAAGACCCACAACGCUUAUGCUUCGGCGUUGAACUUGGUUGGACUUCUUUGCGCUCAUUCCUUUGUGCUGCCCUUCAUCUUCUGCAUUCUCUUACUGGUUAGCCACAGUCGCAAUAUCGUGGAGCCAAGUGUUAUGAUCUUACCCACUGUGUACCUGAUCAUUCCACUGGGCACGCUCUUCAUGACCAUCAACCAAAAGUCUACAUCAACUACAAAGGAUGAUGUGCAGGUCAGAGCAAUAUUCAGCCCAACAAAAGCAAGCCAUCCCGAUCGUGGCCUCACGCAAACAAUGACCAACAGCACAAAUCCAAGCUCAAGCUUGACCGCCUUUCUCUCCGACCCGGAAGCUGGAAAUCGUCCCAAUGCUACUUCUCCGUUUGCUGAAGUUGAUCGAGAACUUGCAGCCAUUGAUCUCAUGGACUCCUCCACGAUCGCUUCACUGUCUCAGUCAUACAAGGGGAAGGAAGUGAUGAAGAACGACAAUCCACGACCCGAUUCAUGUGUCUUGGGUCCCAAAGGAAAUGCGACUGGUCUACAAUUGACUUGUGAGGUCAGAACAAAGCAGGAGUCCGAACGACCGAGACUGGAUUAUUCGUCUUCAGAAACCCAGAGCAAGAGUGUGAGAAGUAUAAUUUACCGAAUCCAACAGGAAAGCACUUCCCUCAACAUUUGCACAUCUGCAACCAGAGUUGCCAAGGUUACGAUCUUUGUAUUGAUGGAACAUGACAUGAGUGGUGAUGACAUCGGCCAAACUCCAGGCAAAUUUGGUUUACAUCGAAGCUUGAAACAAGCCUUAAGCACAUAUUGUCUACAGGAUGACAUGAUGGAGGAGCUGCCUGGUUCAAAGGUAUGCUGCCUAGGCAUGAGCUGA